AUGGAGUUUAAAAAGCGCGCCCUUAUUAAACGCGAUCGCGCUACGGUACAAUUGGAACCCGGGCAUUUAGCGACCCUGCACUGCUUCCAAUGCAACACGGUGCUUGGAGACACUCUGUCCGUGUGCGGGGAGCUCCCAUGCUUGGAAUCUAUCAUGUGCCUCAAAGUCACCGAUGACGUUCUAGUGACUAGUGACAUAGAGUUGGGACAUAAAGGACAAUUGACUAACUGUAUCUUCAGUUACCUGACAUGCGGCAAGUGCGGCCAAGCACUGGGCAAAGUGCUUCAAGCAGCGCCGCCUCAUCUGGGAGCAGUCCGGUCACUCUUUCUGCUCCACAAGGCCCACGUCAUGUGUUACAUGGUGGACAGCUGCUCCAUGGUGAAGGCGUCCACCGUGUCCUUUGAGUUUGAGUCUCUCAUAGAAAACAUCAAUGAGGUGAAGCAGAAAUUUGAAGUGUACUUCGAUGCCAUGAGAAGUCGCCUGGCAGAAGGCAUAAACGUCUCGAACAAGUAA